AUGGCCGCAUUACCUCUCCCUAGGACUCACUUAUUGAGGUCUAGAAGGACCAUUGGCAAGACUGGCUCAGUAAAACCAUCAGAAUCCAAGAAGCACGCGAAUAAGGAGGACAUCGAUCACUGGAGGAAGCGAGUGGAGAAGGCUUCAGAGUUCGCUCUGUCUGAGGUCUUCUUCCCCAGGAGAGCCAAGACCGGAAGCAAAAGCCUGGCCGUGGCCUUACGGAGCUGGGAACAGCUGAAGGAUCAUGAUGAAGCCUACGCAGAAGCUCAGGCCCUGUUGGGUGAUUGGCUGGACAUAACAUGGAAGCCCGAGCUGGAACCACAAGGCAUGACGUGUGAGAAGGGGAUUCCGGCCACGCCAACACCGCCGCUGACACCUGACUUCAACUAUGACAACUUUAAUGAUCUGUACGACCACCUGGCUGAGGAAGAGGACCACCAUGCCGUAAACAACUUCCUGCAAGACCUGAAGGAGCAGAAAGUGUUGGACGGAGGAAUGGUGGAGAAGCUAGCGUUGGAUGGCAUAGGAACCAACAGGAACUUCACGGACCCUGUUGUUACCAUGGAGUUGCGCCACCAGCAGGUGCGUGAGAACAGAGCUCUCAGCGAUGAGGAAGCCAAGAAGAGGCGGAAGCAGGAGUUGGAGGAGAAAAAGAGACUGGAGGCCAGGAAGAGGCAACAGGAGAUGGUUCAGCAGGAGAUUGUGAGGAUGCGGAGGCAGAGGGAAGAAAGAAAAAGCUUGGAAAUGCGGCUAAGACAAAGAGAAAAACUAGAAGGUCAACAGUCGGCCAAGACCCUCCAGCCGACUCCUUCACCUCCUCCCACAAUGGAGCAGGCGCCAGAGGAAAGCAUACAACGGCCUCAGGAAAAGAAAGUCGAACUCUUUGUUCACCUGCGUAACCUGAAGCAUCUUCAAAGGCAUUUCUCCCGAUGGUACUCGGCGGUGAUGGAGCAAAGGCUGCGAAUGGGGAAGGCCAAAGCGUUAUGCGAUUGGAGGAGGCUGCUCCAGGGUUGGCGGGCGUGGCGAACAGUCUUGUGGGCAAAAAGGAAUCAACGGGAGAUUUCGAGGACCGAGGAAGACCUCCGUACUGAAAACAGACAACGCCAGCUGGCCGAGGAAAGAGACCGCAGGCGAAUGCUCAGGCGAUCCUUUCACGAGUGGCAGCUGUGGUGUCGGCAGGAGCGCGAACGACGCGAGCUGCUGGCCCAGCAGGAGGAAACCCGCUGCAAAAUGGACGCCUUGAUCAGCGCCGCCAUGUCGGGCGUGUUUAAACCACCGGUGACACCGACCAAUGACACGCCUGGGAACUCGGGGAAGGAUAAUCCCAAAAAGCCCGCCAAGGUGCGGUAUCGUCCACCCCGGCUGGUCAUUCGGGUGCGCUCCCGCCAUUGCAAGGAAACACAAACCACCACGGAGGCCGGACAAAUAGACGAUGACGCAGACAAGGCCGAACGUGACGUCGAAUUAACCGACUCGAAAUCAAAGACCUCGUACGGAGGCUGCUUUGAAAACCGCAACGCGGCCCAGAAGAAGAUCAUCAUGAAGCAGAGGCGGCAGCUCAAAGAGCAACAGGAGGAGAUCGCGAAGCUCAAGCGAGAGAAGGUCAUGGCCACCUUGACGCCUCAGCCAAGACCACAGAUGGAAGCAGUCCAACCCGACGUCCCCGAUGCGUCUCCGCGGCAAAACCCGAAGCCACCGACAUGCCCGCUCAUGUCAGCCAUGGAAGAGCGAGCCCGCGUCCGUGCUGAGCGAAAAAAGCAAACUGAGGAACUGAAGAAAGUAAAAGAAGAGGAAAAACAGGCAGAAGAGAAGGCUGCAGAAGAGAAAAAGCUGAAGAUGGAGGAGCUGGAAAAAGCCCAGAAGAGGGAAGAGAGAAGGCUGGCCAGGAUGAAGGAAGACGAGAAACUGAGGCAAAUGAAACUACAGCAGCAACUCUACGAUCGGGCUCGUAAACACUACGACAGAAAAGUGCUACGUUACAGAGGCCUGGCGCCAUGGAUACGACUAAUAGAGCUCAAGCAGGUCAAUGCAGAGCUGGCUGAGAGUCAUCACUCGAACACCCUCCAGAUGCGAUGCAUCCAGCGAUGGCGCCAGGUGGCAAGAGACAACUUGUCUGAGAAGGAAGCUUGCGCGGACCGACUGUACCAUCGACUCCUACUCCGGCGGAGUUUAAGCUACUGGAAAAAACUGGAAGACCUGUGUUUAUUUCAAGAGGCGCAGGCAGAUAUCUUCUGCCGCGCCCACACGCUGAGGAGGUUCCUGCUGGCUCUGCUGGACCACAUCAGCCAGCAGAAGCGGCUAGCGUCUGAACAUCAGGAGCUGGCCGAGCAACACGACAACAGAGUGGCGCAACGCCGAUGCUUCCGGGCCUGGAGGCUGCUUCCGUGUGUGCAGCGAAAGGAAAGGGAACGCGAGCAGCGGAGGGAGAGGCUAUGUAGGAAAGUGACUGAGGUGCUGCCCAGUUUCUGGUCACGUCGUUUGUGA